AAAUCCAGUGCGUUCUGUCAGAGAUUCAGAUUGGUGCUGCUUUAUCGUGUUUAUGUUGAGUUUGAGGGAAUAAUUGAGACUUUCAACAUCUGUCUGAACAUCAGUGAUCAGAAGCUGCUGGAGAAAAACCAUGCUGCUGUCUCCAUCUCCGCAAACCCUGACAAUAUGCAAUGCUUAACGGUGACUGUUCUACGAGGAAAGGACGGUUUUGGCUUCACCAUCUGCUCUGAUUCGCCUGUUCGUAUACAAGCUGUGGAUCCAGGUGGUCCUGCGGAUCAGGCAGGUUUGCAGCAGUUGGACACUGUGCUACAGUUGAAUGGUCAGCCUGUCAAACACUGGAAGUGUGUAGAUCUUGCACAUGCUAUUAGAAACAGUCUUAGCGAGAUCACAGUGGUAAUUUGGCGUACAGGACCCUCCGUCAAGACCAAGUUUGAGGGCUUGAUCCAUCAUCCUUCCUAUAAGUCGUCAAACUAUGACACUCCAGUUUCUCCCGCUAAAUGCAAGAGGGCAGAAAAGGCUCCACCGCUUCCGCCUCUGCCCGCACAGCACCGCACCGGCCACAGGGUUGUAGGCCAGAACGGGUCUGAGGAUCUGGCAACCGGAGCAGGAGUCCUGUGGGGAGAACGGAGGACUGCUGUGGAUGCCAAAACCGGCACACAAACGCUCAGAGGGACGCGUGUCAAAGCAUCAAACGGGGAAAAUUACAUCAUCCUGUCACCUAUUAAUCCUGGAAGCCAGGUAUUGGGCUCUGGAGACCCACACAGAACAUUAACUGGCCAGAUGUACCCUGCUGCUCAGACGUCUGUUCCACUGCCUCCGGCUGCUAGUGCGCAGUCAGCACCGGGCCUCGCUAGCAGGACGUGUUUUCUGCGUCGCUCUGGAAACAGCAAAUCCAAAACACAGCAAAUCUACCAAAACACGUCAAACUUCGCCAACUACCAGAACUGCACCAUUGUGAGGUCACACGUGCCCCAUGCCAACUAUAGCACCUACGUCAAAGUGACACCCAAAGUCCUCAUCUUCCCCAUUUUCGUUCAGCCUGUAGAUCUUUGUAGCCCGACUCGAACACUGCUGAUCACUGAAGAAAUGAUUCUGUAUGAGAGCAAGCACUUUUCCAUCAAGGUCACGGUUUUUAUAUACUCGGAUUUGAUGCUGGUGACUAGAGAGGAUGAACCGGGCCGGUGUAACGUCCUGCAAAACCCACUGUACCUCCGACACCUGCAGCUGCGGGACGAUCACUGUAAAGAUCUGCGAUUCUACUUGAUCCACAUGACUGAGAAAUGUGACUGUCUUCUGAGUCUGGAAGCAGACUCUCUGGAGCAGAAAGCGCGAGUGUGUCAGUGUUUGAGCGAGAACAUCCAGAAGCAGCUGCGGAUCUUUCACGGACGACAGACGUUUCGUUUACCUCAGCAGAUGCUCGAACCCAAGCAGGAUGAGCCAUGUGACCUCAGGGGCCGGAGGAUGACCUCUGAAGACGACCAUUCCCUGGGCAGCCUCUCGGACGCUUCGGCCACCACAGCGAGCAGCCCUCAAUCCAGAAGUCUGACCCUGCUAGAGGAGCUGUGCACGUCUCUGGAGGAGACCUGCCACCCGGUGCCUCCAACACCUCCACCCUCCACCGAAGGAGACGACGGCAGAAGCACGGAGAGCAGCAUGAACGAAAUAUGGAGGGAGGAAGAAUGCAAAGAGAAAGAAACUGAAGAGUCGGACUUUUUACACGCACAAACAAAAGACUGCGACGAUUGCGAUGAAAAGCAGGUGAUUAUUGAUGAAGAGAACGCCUCGGAGGUGGCAGACACCAACGCUCCAUCAUCAUCUUCCUCGUUUAUCAUCCCAGAACUGCGCUUAGAUCGAUCCUACAGCGCUGACGCUCUCUCCACCCCUGGAACUGAUGAAGAGUACGAUGAGGAUGAAGAUGAUGAGGAAGAAGAGGAGGAGGAGGAUAGUGAUGAUAACUAUUUAGAGCGCAGUGAUAGUAAACGGAGGAGCAUGGUGGAGGCGGGUUCCUGCGAAAAGCAUCCGGGUGGGUUAAGCGUGCAGAAUUCGCUGCGCAGGCGCACACACAGCGAAGGGAGUCUCCUUCAGGACCCGCGAACAACAUGCUUCACUUCUGAUAAUGCCAUCAACUGUAUGGAGGUGUCAGGAGCGCACAAAGGAGGCUGGACGCUUCCGUCUCCAAAGACACUGAAGAAAGAGCUGACUAAGAACGGAGGGUCCAUGCAUCAGCUGUGCAUGCUGUUCUCUGGGAGAAAACUGAGCGCCAGCUCCGAGUGCAGCUGUGACGUGGGUCCAGACGGGACCAAGAAGAAGAAAUCCAAAAACCUGGCCAAAGACAUGAAGAACCGACUAGCUUUCCUGAGGAGGAGGAAUGAAUCUCCUGGAAGCACCCCAGCCAGCAAACUCGACAAAACCAUGAAGUCUGUCAAGCCCACUCCUGAAGAAGCCAUGAAGUGGGGAGAAUCCUUAGACAAGCUGCUCGUCCAUAAAUAUGGACUGGCGGCGUUCAGAGCUUUCUUGCGCACAGAGUUUAGUGAAGAGAAUCUGGAUUUCUGGCUGGCCUGCGAGGAUUACAAGAAGAUUAAAUCGCAGUCCAAGAUGACAUCGAAAGCUAAAAAAAUCUUUGCGGAGUUCAUCGCUAUCCAGUCCUGUAAGGAGGUGAAUUUGGAUUCCUACACCAGGGAACACACUAAGGAGAACCUGCAAAACAUCAACCGCUCCUGCUUCGAGCUGGCCCAGAGGAGGAUAUACGGCCUGAUGGAGAAAGACUCGUAUCCUCGAUUUCUGCGCUCGGAACUCUACAUGGACUUAGUGAAUCAGAAGAAACCAAGCACCACAUCGACAUCAUCCUCGUCCUAAAUCCGCAUCAAGAGCGAGAGAGACUAGUAGUUAAAUUGCGCUUCAUUGUCAUCAGCCGUUCUAACUGUCGCUCAUGUGGCGAAAGGCGUCGUUUACAUAAUGAGGAUAAUGUAAUGUGACUCGACCCAAUGGGGCCAGCGCCAUGCUGAAUAAUGCUGGUUAUUCCCGUUCAAGUUUUGUUAUUUAAUUUGUAUUCCAAGUGUACUGGAGAGAAUCUUUAACACUAAGACAGCUGGGUACUGUUUAGCCUCUUCCUCUACUUCUGAUCGAGCACUGCUGGCGCCACCGAUCUCCCUCCAAAACCUCAACCCCCAACGGAAGACUGGACGGAAGGUCAUCAUGCACUUAUCGCUCAUUGUUGUCUCUGUAAACCUUCCUCCAUGCCACAUUGAGCUGAUGCAAAUGCUUUAGAGGACCAAACCGAGAGCUGAAUCAUUGGAAAUGGACUGUCGUCGGUCUCUAAAGACGAUCCAAAACAUUCGCUUUUCAAUCUGCAAAGCCGCUCCAUGUAGCUCCACGUUAGGAAUGGAAGAGACCGUAUUCUCAGGACAUUAUGGCACUCGACUAUGAAGCUUCCAGACUUAUUUAACCUUUCGUUUCUACGCUGGUUUUACCGGACUUUAGGUUUAAUAAUCAUGCACUCUACUAUAUUUAAUAAGGUCGGUUAGGAUCUGACCCUUGUUAAUAAGACGACAUGUACAAAACAAUAGUUAUUUAUUUAGACGUUCCACUGGUUGCUUUCUUCAUUGCACUCGGCUGAUUUCCCCACUUUUGAUCCAGGUCCGCAGCAGUCCUGAUGUAAGUGCAAUAUGUUUAUUAUUUUCAUUUGCCGACUUAUCUUCUUGAUAAGUUGACUUUUUUUUUUAUGAAAAAGACAAUGGAUUGAGCUCUGUAUUAAUUCUGUUGUUAGUUACAGGUAAUGUAAGAAUUACAUUAGCACAUGAUCUAUUUUAAACUGUGUAUCCCUGGCAGCAGGCAGCCGGGUUUAAUGGAUGUACAUAUGAUUCUUAAGAAAAGAUGAUAAAACGAUAAAAACACACGCACGCCGCGUAGCGUUGAUGUACCUAUGUAAAUAUGUGAAGCUACACAAAUGAUUAUGUAUUGUGACGGACGGGGUGGAAAUACGAGAACGGUCGUCCUCUGCCUUGGACGCACUCUGCUUGUAAGUAGUUUUAUGAAAUGUAUUUUAUCAUUUUCACUGUUUACAGUUCCAACGCAUCUCCUGUGUUAGCAAGUGCAAGAGAAAAAUAGAGAUUUAAAAAGCCAGUUGUCAUUGCAAAAACACAAAUAAAACAUUUAGGUGGUGAAAAUCUGA